GACUCCCACCUGUCAACCAUGGCGCCUCGCACAUCUCCCGCCCUGCCUCAGCUCGCGGUGCCUCUCGUCCUCCUCCUCCUCCUGGUGCUAAUCCCUCUCCGAUCCUCGCUCGCCCUCGACCUGGGCUUCCCCUCGCUCACUUCGAACUUCCGCCCCCCUCUUGACGUGGCCGGGCGUCCGUCGGAGGGACGCGAGGCGCCACACCAAGGCCUUUGGUCCUACAUCCGACAUCGGCCUCAAAGGAAGCGGCAGCUGGAUGAGCUGAUCCCCGGCCUCCUUCAGCACUACUCGGAGCAGGAGGUGGAGGCCGCCUCCAGGUCUGAGUACAAGGCAGUGCCCUUCCCCAUCGUAUACACGUCUCAGAUGCUCCACCGCGGAAUCAACUGCUCCGCGCUCGACUCCAACCUGCACGAGAACCACAUCAAACCUGAGCUUCAGCUGCGCCCCGACUGGAUCCACAUUUCCGAGCUCAUCGGAGACUGUCCCACCCACUACGUGGCCCGGGAACUGCCCCCCAUGUACUCUCCGGCGGUGGUCCUGGAGGCCGUGUGCACGUGCGAGGGAUCACAGUGCUCCAGGGACGGACACCAGUGCAUGCCAGUGACCCGCCACAUCCCCGUGUGGGUUCGUCGAGGACCCAACAUCCACGUGUUAGACGUGGAAGAACUGGCAGUGGCUUGCGCCUGCGUCAGGAGGCCCAGCGUCGGAGGGAACUUCGUCUUCAGCCCCGCCGUCCACAGCUAGGAACUGAUCCCGGCUCGCAACACUCAGUCUUCGACCGACCGGAUACUGUUGCUUUAAGCAUUUGUUCACCGAAAUGGAACAUAUUCAGCUUACUUGGUGCUCAAGCAGAAAAUAUUUAUAUAUGUAUAUUUAUUGGAUAAAUUUAAAAGUACAUAUGAUGAUACUGUGUUCAAGUGAAAUGCAUGCAUACAUGUUUUAACUUCUCAGCGAUUCCUUAAUCCACAAAAGUAUACAUUUUGUGGUUCCUACGUAUGACAAUUUAUCAUCUAUUUUUUCAUGAUACAAGAGGUAGUGUCACUGAAUGCAUAUCACUUCUAGACCAGGUGAAGAUUAAAAUAAAACAGUAGAAGAUCUUUUCUUUGAAUAUAAAAUUAAUCCACACACAC